ACAUUUAUGCCACACACAGUGCAUACAAACGUUAUGCAAAACUGGGCACUGAUAUUAAUUUUCCAAAUUGCUAAGGGUGCAGGGUUGAUGCUCUGCUACAUUGCGUCUGUAAAAUGUAUCAUGAACAGCGACAGCCAUAACGGUUAUAAUUGAGAUUCUUUAUGUGCCAUUCCGUUCCCUCCGCUCGGUUGUGUAUUAUUUUGGCGGGGUGAAAGCUAUCGAAAAUUGUCUUUAAUUGUAAAUCCGUGCCAUAUCUUUCAACCAGCUGCACUCUCGUCCAGAUUAUUAGUUAACUUAACAAGCUUCGUAGUAGAAAACAAAGUUUCGCGUUCUGUUUUGGGGUUCGUUAUUUAUGCACAUACAUAACCUAUUAUGUGUUUUGAUGGGACGGCUGCAUAAGCGUAUUUGUAAUUAUACUGUUUACUACUCUAAAAUGCAACAGGCAUCAAUUUUCAACAAAUGUGUAGAAUCUUAUAUUUAUUAUGGAGGAGACUUCGCAAGCGACCCAACUGCAGGUAAUAGGAAAACUGGAGCCAGUGGCCUGUGAGGAAGAUGAUGCAGAGGAAGUUGGCAUGAAAGAAAUGGAAAUCUACAAUCACUCUGAUCAGCAAGUGAUUGAAGAAAUCCAUGUAUCCAAUACAGAUGGAAAUCUUCAUAUCAACACUUAUGAAGUUCAAGAGGAAGUAAUUGACAACAGUGAAUAUGAAGAAGGCAGUGAGACUCAUCAUGUAAUCAUUACUGAAGAUGGGACAUUCCUAGAGCAACAUCAAGUCUACGUAGAGGAAGAAGUCCAAGAUUAUGAAGAGGAAGCUCAGGAAUUUGAGGAAGCACAAUAUGAAGAAGCUGAAUAUGUAGAAGGAGAAGAAAUGGAAGAGGAUGACCCUGAUGAGGAUGCACAGUAUGUACAGGAAGAAGAUGAAGUGGAGACAAUAUAUAUGGAGCAGGAUGAUCAUGAUAGUGAUACUGCUGGUGAUGAGGACCCUGAUGAUCCAGAUUUUAAUGUGGAAGAAGAAGAUCAAGAUCAAAAAGAUGAGAUAAACCCAUGUACAAUUUGCUUAAGAUCCUUUAAAACUACAGCUAGCUUAAAACGCCAUAUAACAGUAGCACAUGGUCAAGAGGAAUAUACCAAUGAUGAAGAUCCUUUGGCAUUUGAGCUUUGUGCUUGCUGUGGGGAGCCAAUUGACUCAGCACAUACAACUGGUUCUAUAAAGUGCACCCAUUGUGAUAAUAAAUUGUUUGAUAUGCAAAGCAAUUUAUCACGUCACAUAAGUUUAGAGCAUCCCGACGAGAAAGGCGUGUACAAGUGCUGCGAAUGCGCUCGAACAUUCCUUAGUCAUGCUGCUAUACUUAAACAUAUGCAAUCACAUCCGCUGGCAAAGCCAUAUUCGUGCAAAGCUUGCAACAGGGAUUUCACUCGGAAAUACCAUUUGGAACGCCAUGUCGCUCAGACCGGUUGCGAUGGUCAACCGAGAAGCUUAUUCAAAUGCGAAGUAUGCAAAAAGACGUUUACUCGAAAGGAUAACUUGAGAGAUCAUCUGCGAGCUCACGCUGGUCAGAUUAAGAAGAAGAAGGUGUUUACUUGCUCCUAUUGUAAAAAGGAAUUUAUGGGUUCUGCACUUUUAGCUGUACACGUCCGUACUCAUACAGGCGAAAAACCUUAUCCUUGUGACCUUUGUCCUAAGCGUUUUCCAUCGAGUGGAGCUAUGAAGAAACAUCGUAGAAUGCAUACCGGUGAAAAACCAUAUCAAUGUAUGCAGUGUAAGAGAAGAUUUGCCGCCAAAGAAACUUUGAAUCGUCAUAUGAGAACUCACACUGGUGACAAACCUCACAAAUGUACCUAUUGCGGAAAAGCUUUCAUACAGGCUGCACAAUUAAGGGCGCACAUUUUCCAUCAUACUGGAGAAAACGCGUUUACUUGCCCCCACUGCAAUCGAGCCUUCAAUAGGCGAAUCCGUCUUACCACCCACAUCAAGUUUGUGCACGAGGGAGCUGAACCGAUGAACUGUCCUGAAGACAAUUGUGACAAGACUUUCUAUAGGAAGGAAGAUUUGGCCAGACAUUUGAACCUUCACUCUGGCGAAAAACCAUACGAGUGUGAACAUUGCAAGAAACGUUUUGCUGUUAAGGCUUCUUUGAAACUCCACGCUUUAACGCAUCGCAAAGAACAACCUUGCUCCUGUGACGAAUGCGGUAGAGCUUUCAUACGACAAGAUUGUCUUAUGCGUCAUAUGCGUUCCAAGCAUCGCGAUGUUCUCGAAGACAUCUUAGCUGGCGCAGAGAAACGUCGGUUGCAGCAGCAGCUUCUUUACGCAGCCACUGAUGCUUCUUCAGUGACCAAGAAGGAAAUUACCGAAUCUCAAAUCUGGACUGAGCUAACUUUGACAGAUUCGAUCAAGGAACUUUUGGGUUUGCUUGUUGAUGAGAAGACUCUACUAGGAUUCGGAUGGCCAGAUGCCCCGAUCGACAAGAUCUUGGAUUCCGUGAUCAAGCGGUGCGGCCACGAACCGGCUUCUGACAAGGAGUUCGAUUACAUAAGCAAGAUGCGCGAGAACGCAAAAUUGUUGUUCACCGUUGUUAUCGAUGAUCAAGCUGUUAAAUCGUUGCUGAACAAUCAGACUGUCGAUGAGGUCAUCCAACAUGUUCUGAGGCUCGCGAAGAACGAAUGAGACGCGUAUCGCCUUUAAUUUGUAUUGAUUUAAUUUUCGUAAUACACUGUAUUUCAAUUAUUAUCUAUAUUAUCUUUACGUUCGUUAUAAUUGAAGAUAUAAUUCGAUUGUUUUUUUUAUUACUAUACAUAGUUUUGUAAUCAAUUUUUGUUAGUCUUAACGAAAUAAGCAUUUAACCGCAUAAGUGUAAAUAGAAUUAGAUUUCUAAUAAAUUGUUUCUUUAAUGUUUUAUGCCAAGGCGAAAGUAACUUUCAUUUCAGGAAUAGUUUUGAUACAAGGUGUUGGAGAAAGAUAUUUUUAUUUAUGCAUAUGUGCAGAUAUUGUAUAUACUAUUUUACAGAAAAUAAAUAUU